AAAAUAGCUUGCACAUUAUCCAAAAAAACAAACACUUCUCCGAGCCUCCAAUUCUCUCGGAUGGCGUCUCAAAUUCCAAGAACAUUCCCUCUGUCUUCCUCCAAAACCAUAAUCCUGAACCCCACGACCAAAUACAGUUUCUCGAAGCUCCUGUCUCCACCCACCUCUCUCUUCAGGACUCAUUUCAGACCCUUAGCUCCCAAACCCAUAAUUACUGUUCCUAUUUCUGCAACUGGGUUUGGUGGAUCAUUUCACCAGAGUAAGCGCAGCUUUCGUGGUGGGGUUGUAGCCAUGGCUGCACCUGGGUCGGUCCAGAAAUCGGAGGAGGAGUGGCAGGUCAUCCUCUCGCCCGAGCAGUUUCGGAUUCUGCGCCAAAAGGGCACAGAGUAUCCAGGCACGGGAGAAUAUGACAAGUUGUUUGAUGAGGGAGUUUAUCAAUGUGCAGGAUGUGGAACCCCUCUCUAUAGGUCCACAACCAAAUUCAAUUCUGGCUGUGGUUGGCCGGCUUUCUAUGACGGUCUCCCUGGAGCCAUAAAUCGCAAUAUGGACCCGGAUGGGAUGAGGACGGAGAUCACAUGUGCAACUUGUGGUGGGCAUCUAGGUCAUGUUUUUAAAGGUGAAGGUUUUCCAACACCCACGAAUGAGCGCCAUUGUGUCAAUAGUAUCUCACUCAAAUUCAGCCCAGCAAAUUCUGAUCCUUCCAAGUGAAGUCUACUAUGAUGUAAUGUCCUAAGUAUAAUCUGUGUUAAAAUUGGUCAUCAUGUGAUGUUAAUAAAAGGCUGAUACUGCCAUUUUUGAGUUAAAUGCCACCAUAGUUCCUUCAUAUGCAUCGUAGAGUUCGUUUGUUGUCCUGUUUCGAGUGCCUUAUUGUAUUCAAGUAGAUCGUGCAGAUAUUUUGUUCAGGUUCUUGCCAUAUAAAUAGAGAAGGCUUUACAUGCUU